GCAGCACGGAGGCCGAGAGCAACGAGACGGCCGGAUUUUUCCAGGAGGCUGGUCUGCAGGAAGAGCCCGUUCGGAACUACAAUCCACAAUAAUAAUCCAAACGAAUCAUAAGGAGCAGUUUUUCUGGCCGGGCGAGAUCUGAGCGAGGAGAGAGACAGAGGAGAAGGGGGAACGGGAGGAAGCGAAAUCUCUGUUUCAUGGAGGCUGAGGCGACAGAAAUUUUCGGAGCCUGGAUGUGGAGGAGCAAAACAGCAGAAGUAACUCAGGAAAUUUUCUUUCAGAAAAAGGCCGAACGCAGGCUGGGUCUGCGAAUCAGGCUGGGCUAAGUGGAGGAACCUGCAAGUUUAAAGGCAAAAGAAAGGGAGAGGAUAUUUUCAGGGAUUUGCUUUGGUUUGUGGUUAAUGCUACCAUCUUAAAGGUAGAAAACGUUGCAUUUCAGGUGUUCUGUGAUUUUUUUGUUGUUGUUCCUGUGUGGGAUUUGCAUAUUGGCUCAUUUCAGAAUUUCAAAACCUUUCAUGUAAAAGCUUUUUUUUUAAAGUGAAUUCACAAAUUUUGGUCCCAAGGUUGCACUGGACUUGGAAGGAGUGCUGUUGUGUACAUACUAUUGUAUGGCUUUAUUUAUUAUUAUUUUUUUUACUGUUUAAAUCAGCUGGAAGAUUUUUUUUUGAAGUGCUGUUUUGGAUUUAUUCUUUUUUAUUUUUUUUUUUACCUUCCAUGCCUCAAAUAUAUUUGCUGUUAUCAUCUUAAGCAUUGAAGACCAGAAAAUUAUUUUUUUCCCCCUUCAGAGCUUCAGGCUGCCUUGCCAACAGAAGGACAGCUGGGGAAACUGGAUUAAAAGGAUGCUAGUUAUCUGUGCGUUGCAAUGAAGACAUAUUUUGAAGGCGCAUUCUUUCUGUGAUUCAUUUUUUAGCUCCUAGUGCUAACCUUGAAGAGGUUUGCGGUGAGGUUUUUGGUUUCCAAGAAGGUCAUAGUUUUUCCUCUUUUUCUUUCUCUCUUUUUUUUUUUUUAGGGGGGUGGGGGGUGGGGAGGAAGAAAGCAGACCAUGUUAACUGGUAGAAGUAGAGUGGAGCUUCAGUUGCCAGGGUCCUGAGAACUGGAAGAAAAAACAUUUUUUCAGUCUUCAAGUUGGGAGGCGUCCUCUCACUUGUCUUGAAAAUUGUGAGUGGGCCAGUCCUAAUCAAGACACCAAGGCUGCGGGAUUCUGGAACCGUGGAGACAACGAGAAACCAUGAGUGUAAGAUUGCCCCAGAGCAUAGACAGGUUAAGUAGCCUGUCUUCUCUGGGAGAUUCUGCACCUGAACGAAAGUCUCCUUCCCAUCAUCGCCAGCCCUCUGAUACCUCUGAAACAACAGGCCUUGUUCAGCGUUGUGUCAUCAUCCAGAAGGACCAGCAUGGCUUCGGCUUCACCGUCAGUGGGGAUCGCAUUGUUCUGGUGCAGUCUGUGCGGCCUGGAGGUGCAGCCAUGAAAGCUGGUGUGAAAGAGGGCGACCGGAUCAUUAAAGUCAACGGCACCAUGGUGACCAAUAGCUCACACCUGGAGGUUGUGAAGCUUAUCAAAUCUGGCGCCUAUGUUGCACUGACACUCCUGGGCUCUUCUCCUUCAUCUGUUGGUGUCUCUGGGCUCCAGCAAGACCUACCCCCAACAGGAGCUUUCCGAGCCACCCCUGUGAUCCCCCCACCACCACCAUCUCCUCCACCUCUGCCACCUCCACAACGCAUCACAGGACCCAAACCUCUUCAGGAUCCGAAAGUUCAAAAACAUGCCACCCAGAUCCUCAAAAAUAUGCUGAGGCAGGAGGAAAAAGAGUUACAGCGUAUCUGUGAGGUGUAUAGCCGGAACCCUGGCAGCAUGCUAGAAGAGCAGAUGGAAGGUGCCCGGCGGCGAGUCACUCAGUUACAGCUGAAGAUCCAGCAGGAGACUGGUGGCUUAGUGGACACACUUCCACUGUAUGGUGACACCAGCCAGAGGCCAUCAGAAGGUCGUCUCUCUCUGGAUUCCCAGGAAGGGGAUAGUGGCUUAGACUCUGGGACAGAGCGUUUUCCUUCUCUCAGUGAGUCAUUGAUGAAUCGGAACUCGGUACAGUCAGACCCUGGACUAGAUAGCCCUCGAACGUCCCCUGUGAUCAUGGCCAGGGUGGCCCAGCACCACAGGCGGCAGGGCUCAGAUGCAGCAGUCUCUAUCAGCGACCAGGGUACAGAUCAAAGCCCAAAGCCUUUAAUUAUUGGCCCAGAGGAAGAUUAUGACCCGGGUUAUUUCAACAACGAGAGUGAUACCAUAUUCCAGGAUCUUGAGAAACUGAAGUCACAUCCAGCUCACCUUGGGGUUUUUCUACGUUACAUCUUUUCUCAGGCAGACCCCAGUCCACUGCUUUUUUACUUGUGUGCAGAAGUGUAUCAGAAGACAUACCCCAAGGAUUCCCGAAGUUUGGGAAAAGACAUCUGGAGUAUCUUCCUGGAGAAAAAUGCGCCUCUGAGAGUGAAGAUCCCUGAGAUGUUACAGGCUGAAAUUGAUUUACGCCUGCGCAACAGUGAGGACAUCCGCAGUGCCCUCUCUGAUGCCCAAGCAGCAACCAUGCCAGAGAUCCAGGAGCAAAUCCAUGACUACAGAACAAAACGCACUCUGGGACUGGGCAGCCUAUAUGGUGAAAAUGACCUGCUGGACCUGAAUGGGGACCCUUGCCGAGAGAAUCAAGUGGCCGAGAAGCAACUGGCUGCCCUUGGGGAUAUUCUGUCCAAAUACGAGGAAGACAGAAGUGCCCCCAUGGACUUUGCCGUCAACACCUACAUGAGCCAUGCUGGAAUCCGUCUCCGAGAGGCCCGACCCUCCAGCACGGCAGAAAAGGCCCAGGCUGCUCCUGACAAGGACAAGUGGCUCCCCUUCUUCCCUAAGGCCAAGAAGAGCAGCAACUCCAAGAAAGAAAAGGAUACCUUGGAAGACAAGAAGCGAAACCCCAUCCUCAAGUACAUUGGGAAGCCCAAAAGCUCUUCCCAGAGCACAUUUCAUAUUCCUUUGUCCCCUGUGGAAGUCAAACCAGGCAAUGUGAGAAACAUCAUUCAACACUUUGAGAACAGCCAGCAGUAUGACGCCCCAGAACCCGGGACACAGCGACUCUCCACAGGAAGCUUUCCUGAGGACCUGCUGGAAAGCGACAGCUCACGCUCAGAGAUUCGCCUGGGCCGCUCUGAGAGCCUCAAGGGCCGGGAAGAGAUGAAACGGUCUCGAAAAGCAGAGAAUGUGCCCCGCUCUCGUAGUGAUGUUGACAUGGAUGCUGCUGCAGAAGCUACCCGACUCCACCAGUCAGCCUCCUCUUCUGCCUCCAGCCUGUCCACCAGGUCUCUUGAGAACCCAACCCCUCCCUUCACCCCCAAAAUGGGCCGCAGGAGCAUUGAGUCCCCCAACUUGGGGUUCUGCACCGAUGUGCUCCUUCCCCAUCUCCUCGAGGAUGAUCUGGGCCAGCUGUCUGACCUUGAGCCAGAGCCAGAUGCCCAAAACUGGCAACAUACAGUGGGCAAGGACGUGGUGGCUGGGCUGACCCAGAGGGAGAUUGACCGGCAGGAAGUUAUCAAUGAGUUGUUUGUGACCGAAGCUUCCCACCUGCGCACACUCCGGGUUCUGGACCUCAUCUUCUACCAACGUAUGAAGAAGGAGAACCUGAUGCCACGGGAUGAGCUGGCCCGGCUCUUUCCUAACCUGCCUGAGCUCAUAGAGAUUCACAAUUCUUUGUGUGAAGCGAUGAAGAGGCUCCGGGAGGAGGGUCCAAUCAUCCGAGGGAUCAGUGAUCUCAUGCUGUCUCGGUUUGAUGGAGCUGCCCGAGAGGAGCUCCAGCAGGUGGCUGCACAGUUCUGUUCCUAUCAGUCCAUAGCCUUGGAACUGAUCAAGACCAAGCAGCGCAAGGAGAGCCGGUUCCAGCUCUUCAUGCAGGAGGCUGAGAGCCACCCUCAGUGCCGAAGGCUGCAGCUUAGAGACCUUAUCAUCUCGGAGAUGCAGCGGCUCACCAAGUACCCCCUGCUGCUGGAGAAUGUCAUCAAGCACACAGAGGGUGGCACCUCUGAGCAUGAGAAGCUGUGCCGGGCUCGGGACCAGUGCCGGGAGAUUCUCAAGUACGUGAAUGAAGCAGUCAAGCAGACAGAGAACCGGCACCGUUUAGAGGGCUAUCAGAAACGCCUGGAUGCCACUGCCCUGGAGAGGGCCAACAACCCUCUGGCAGCAGAAUUCAAGAGCCUGGACCUUACAACCAGGAAGAUGAUUCAUGAGGGACCUCUGACCUGGAGGAUCAGCAAGGACAAGACCUUGGACCUGCAUGUGCUGCUCCUGGAGGACCUGCUGGUGCUGCUGCAGAAACAGGACGAAAAGCUGCUGCUGAAGUGCCACAGCAAGACUGCCGUGGGCUCCACGGAUAGCAAACAGACUUUCAGCCCCGUGCUCAAGCUCAAUGCCGUACUCAUCCGCUCCGUGGCCACAGAUAAACGAGCUUUCUUCAUCAUCUGUACCUCUGAGCUGGGGCCACCCCAAAUCUAUGAGCUGGUUGCAUUGACGUCAUCAGACAAGAACACGUGGAUGGAGCUCUUAGAAGAGGCUGUGCAACACGCAACCAGGCACCCUGGAGCUGCUCCAGCACCCACCCGUGCCCCAGUCCCAGGUCCCCAGGAACAAGCCCACCAGGAUCCCACACCCAGCAGGUUAGACCUGGAUGACUCCGAAGUGUUCCACAGUGAAACAGAGACAGAGGAGCCACUGGGAGGCUCUGGGCCCCAGAAGAGAGACCAAGGGAGGCAGCCAGUACUGCCAGGGGAUCCAGAGCAGGAGGACCAUGGAGAGGAGGAAGAGCUGGGUUCCCUGCCUGAUCCUUCUGCGCCCCUGGAUGGAGAGAACAGUGCUAUUAGGACAAGGGCCCCAAUCCACCUGGCCCUGCCAGGCCCUCUGUUUAUGGAAGGACUUGCUGAUUCAGCCCUGGAAGAUGUGGAGAACCUACGGCACCUGAUCCUAUGGAGCCUGCUGCCAGGUCACACUUCAGAGACACAGGCUGCUGGCGAGCCAGAGGAUGACCUGACCCCCACACCUUCUGUCAUCAGUAUCACCUCUCAUCCCUGGGACCCAGGCUCCCCUGGGCGAGCUCCCACUGCAGGUGAAGGGGACAGCACUCAGCUCCCAGGGCCAGAGUGCAGCCAGCCAGAGCAGGAAGACAUGGCUCUCUGCUCUCUGGAGCACCUGCCCCCACGGACCAGAAACUCUGGGAUCUGGGAGUCUCCUGAGCUGGACAGGAAUCUAACAGCAGAGACUUCAAGAACAGAAGGCAUGGGCAAUUACAAAGUUGUGAGAAAAGCCGAGGUGGCAGGCAGCAAGGGUGUCCCUGCACUACCAGAGAGUGGCCAGUCAGAGCCUGGGCCACCAGAAGUGGAAAGCGGAACAAAGGCUACGGGGAACUGUUUUUAUGUCAGCAUGCCAGCAGGACCCCUGGACUCAAGCACCGACCCUUCAGGGGCACCUGCAAGCCCCUCCCAACCUGACGGCCUCCCUGCCUGGCAAACAGAGCCCCGGCCCCAGCUGCAGGGAGGCAGUGAGGACCCAAGACGCCCCAGCCGCUCUAUCCCAAGCCUGGCCCUCAGGGACGUGGGCCUGAUCUUCCGGACCAUCGAGCAGCUCACACUCAAACUCAAUAGGCUCAAGGACAUGGAGCUGGCCCACAAGGAACUGCUCAAGUCCCUUGGGGGAGAGUCAUCAGGGGGCACGACACCUGUGGGCAAUUUCCACACAGAAGCAGCCAGGUGGGCCGACACUGCCCUCUCACCCCCAGCCAAGGAGCCCCUGACCUCUGACUCCAGAAGCCACCAUGAGCUGGGGACCUGCCCUGAGAACGGCUCUGACCCACCCCUGGAAGAUGGCACAGCAGAUGCCGCCAUACCACCAGGACUGUAACCUUCUAGACCACCAAAGCCUCUGCGUCCCCUUUCCUUCAGGAUCUGGCCUGAGGCAGGAGCACAGGGUUGGGAAGCCCCAGCCCUCCCUGCAUGGAGGCUACAGCUGGGAAGACUGGGAUCCACUGAGGCCUGGGGGGACCCGCAUGUCACUUGGUCCACACAGAUCAAAGUCAAGUUUCAGUGUCUUUCCCCUCCCUUCAUCCCAACCCUUCAAGGCCUCAACUCACCUAAGCAUGCCAACUGCAUCAGAAGGGCCCUUGCCCCGCACAGGUGCACACAUGCGCACCUGUGCACACAGCGCCCUCAUGCCUGUGAGGGCAAGGAGGAAGCCUCUGUGUCAAUGCACUUUUCUUCCUCCCCCUCCCCCACAGGACCCCAGCUGGAGGUGGGCGCCUCCCUCUCCUUUGUCACUUUGUUUUCCUAUAAAUAUGUAUGUAUUGUAUGUGCAUCUUUGCUAUUGUACAGAACUUUGGCCUCUUUUGUUUCUGUUCCUGGAGUGCUGAGGCAAUUAUAAAAGGGACAGCUAAGGGAAGAGGGGCUUCACAUUUGUCUCCUGGUCAGUAGCCUAGCUCUGCGGGCAGGACCUGCUAGGUGGAGCCAGGCCUGACUCCCUGUGCCCGGUGGCUGGGGAGGCCUCUCAGGCCCAGCUCGAGUUCAUCCUCUGCAGGCUGGUGCUGAGCUCCCCUCCCUCCCAGGACUUAUCCUCACCAGCUGGGACCAUGGGGCCUUCUCACCCCACCUGUGUCCCCCCUUCCCCACCUGGUCUUUACAGAGAACCAGAGUAGCAGGUACGGAGCUGAAAGCUGGGCCCCAGGAAGUAGGAGAACUCUGGGGUCCCAGAAUUAACCCAGGACUAUCCCCCAGGGCCGCUGCAGCCUAGGCCGUAUGGCCAUGUCCUUGCUCCACUCCCCCCAGUGAAUAGAAUAUACACACUGUGCUAGGUGUAUAUAUACAUAUAUAUAUAUAUAAAUAUAUAUAUAAUAUAUAAAGUAUAGAUAUGGAAAUGACUGUUUUGCUGUUAAGAUGAUGUAUACUCUUAUUUUCUUCAUUUCAUGGUUAAGAUUUUUUUUUUUUAAGAAAAGUUAAAUAUUCUUCAA